UGUGUUUUUCUCAUCACAGUGAAAACUGAAAACUAAAACACAUAAGACACAGGAUACGAUAUUGCUUUUGCUUCUCUCCUUGUUUUCUUCUGUUACCUUUUUCACUUUUGUUUACUCACAGUCACACACAUACAUACAUACACACACUCUCUCUCUCUCUCAGAGGCAGGGGCAGAGAGAGAAAGUCAUGAGCAGCAGGGGGCGAGUGAAUUCUCCAGGACCCUUCAUUCCAGGCGGAUAAACCGGUGUGCUUUCACAGAUCCACGAGUGCUAGAAAAAGGGCUUAGGGUAAAAAUCUAGUAAAUGGAGGAGUGCAGCGAUUUUCGAAAAUGGGAUGAAUUAAUACCAGAUGCACUCGGGCUAAUAUUCAAGAAUCUUUCUUUACGCGAGGUGCUGACCGUAGUACCAAGAGUUUGCAAAUCAUGGGGUAAAGCAGUUAAGGGGCCUUAUUGCUGGCAAGAAAUAGACAUUGAGGAAUGGAGCAGGAACAGCAAGCCUGAAGACGUCGACAGAAUGGUUCAGUUGCUGAUCACAAGAAGCUGCGGUUCACUACGGAAACUCUCUGUUUCUGGUCUCGCCGGCGACCAAAGCAUUUUGUUCAUAGCAAAUCAUGCUCAAUCUCUACGAACUUUGCGACUGCCAAGAAGUGAAAUAAAUGAUUCGAUAAUGGGAAAGGCUGCUGGAAUGCUAUCGACCAUCACGUUUCUCGAUUUGAGCUACUGCAUCAACAUAGGGGCUCAAGCCCUCGAAGCGAUAGGGAAACACUGUAAAUCUCUCACCACUUUGCGGCGAAUAAUGCACCCACUGGAGGUGAUCAACAAGCUUUCCCAGGAUGACGAAGCCCUCGCCAUAGCCACUACAAUGCCUCGGCUCAAGCAUCUUGAGAUCGCCUACUUGCUUGUUGACACAUCCAGUAUCAUUGAGAUCCUCAAAAACUGCAUACAUCUCGAGCUGCUAGACGUUCGAGGGUGUUGGAAUGUGAAUCUGGAUGAGAAGUUUGUGAAACGGUUUCCUAAGCUAAAGGUGGUCGGACCCCUCGUCUUCGAUUGUUACGACAUGAAUGGCUGGGACAAUUGCUCCGACUACUCGGGCUCCUCUGGUUACCUGGCGUGGGACUUUGUUGCGGGAGAUAUGGAUGACGAUGAUCCCGAGAUGCUGGAUGAUUUCUGGGAAGACGAGCAUCCCAUCGAGGAUGUCGAAAUGUGGUUUUACGACGAUGUCAAUGUUGUAGAUGCUGGUUACGAUUGGCCUCAAUCUCCUUAAAGGUAUGGAUUGUCAUAGUUUUCAUCAUAUUUAAGUGUAAGUUUGCAAGCUUUCCCAGGUAUAAAAUAUGUAUGGAGCUUUGCUGUGUAAGAAUCCCAACUGUUUAUGUUUCGAAUGGCUCGCUAACGUAUUAUUCGCUACGAAUGGAAUAAGAAACAGUUGUCGAUUCCUGCUUAAUUCAGUUAUCAUCAA